AUGGCGAAUGCACACGAUUUCGUGAUGGAGUUAGAGAAAGCUUAUGACACCCCAUGUGGUGAUAAGGGAGUGCAGAUGUCUGGUGCUCAAAAACAACGCAUUGCCAUUGAACGUGCAAUGGUUCGCAAUGCAUGCGUGCUAAUUUUAGAUGAGGCCACAAGUGCCUUGGAUGCAGAAUCCGAAGCCCAGAUUGGCAGUCACAAUAGCCUUAUGGAAGAACUCGAUUGCCUUUAUUACUCGUUGAUUUCAAAACGGUUGCUCACUUCUAUAAACUAG